AUGGGCUCUGCUCAGGAUGCAGGAUGGACAGUGGUGCACUACGGGAAGAAGCACGGGUACUCCCGUAAUCGCACCCUCUUUGAUAAUCAGCCACGAGAUUUUCGUGAGCGACCUCAGUACCAGGCCUCCUGGAACCGUGGGGGGGGUGGCAUCCGAGGGACGGACCGUGCACCUCCUGUCUCCCGCCGUGGGGGACAGAUUGCGGUGAAAAGACGAGCAUGCUAUACUCUCACAGUGACAUGUUUACUUUCAUCACUUCUGCUGCACACUUGUCGGACUUUUGCUGAAGAUUUGAAGUGGGAUGAGAACGGCUACAUGUUGUACUGCCCGUGCAUGGGUCGUUUUGGAAACCAGCAGACCCUGGCAGUCCCUCCCUGGAUAGUGUAUCGCCACCACACACAACCUUACACCAAUGUUCAUGUUCCCUACAGGGAGUUCUUCCAGCUGGAGGCCUUGUCUGCCUACCACCGUGUGGUCAGUUUUGAGGACUUCAGGGAGGAGCUGGCUCCCAAGUACUGGCCCACGGGACAGAGGAAAGCAUACUGCUUUGAGACUUCUGCACAGCGGAGUGCAGACAAGAAAUCCUGUCCUAUGAAGGAUGGAAACCUGUUUGGUCCAUUUUGGGAUAAUGUCGGUGUGGAAUUCGACAAGUCUGUUUUGUCUGGUGGCAUUUCUUUCAGUGCCUACCACCAACCUCAGUGGAUAAACAAGUUCCCUCCUUCAGAGCACCCUUUCCUGGCACUGUCUGGGUCUCCCAUCCAGUUCCCAGUCAUAGAAGAGCAUGUGGGCCUGCAGCACUACAUGGUGUGGUCAGAAUAUAUGGUAAAGGAGGGGGAAGAGCACUUUAAGAUGGUAACAGCUGACCCUGAGCUGUGACAGACUAUGAUGUUUAUUUUAGGAGAGGCCCCCGAUUUGUCCAUCUAGAUGCCUGUCAUGUUUCUAUAAUUUUGACAGGUGACGGGCACCGGUGUUGUUCCGAUUGUGUGUGUUUUCUAGUUAUGGCGAGAUGAAGCUUCAACACUAAAGCUUUCCAUCCAGUUGGUUCACUCAUGGGCCGAAGCUUCACGGUGCUUGAUUUGCUCUAGUGUGCCAUCCAGUGGACAAUAAAUGUAAAACAGGCAGAGUGAUUAUAAUGGCAACACGGCUUUGGUGUGUGAAGCUUUGAAUUGAAUGAAUUAAUAAAUGAUGUUUGUAAUGCCAAUUCAUGACUGAUUAGCUUUUUAAUAAGGUGUGUCUCAGACAUAAGUUGAUAAACUUUUUCAGUCAUUUAAAAUGAGCUGUUGAUAAAAAUCUAAUUGUGUUAAAUUUCAAGUUCAGAAGUACAUAAAAUGUUGAUGAGGGUCCAUUGCAUUUUGCUGCUCCUUUCGAAUCGCACGCCAAACCCGCAAACCAUUUCCUGAAUCGGUCAGUACGGCCGGCUCGCGAGGCUUCGAACGUCACCACAUACUAAUCAACACAAGCCUCCAUACGCGCUUCACAAAAAUCAUCCCGCAUCACUGAACACGCGCUUCGAAGCCUCGAGGCACAUCACUAGUGUUUCUUGUGGAGGCAGCGACCAGCGGCAGAAGAAAGAAAAGUCUCAUUUAAUGAAUGUACAGAGACAGUCAGCAGCCCGGCUGGUUUAUAAGUUUGUUGUACUGUGUGUGAGAGCUGAUAGUCUGCAGAUAGCAACAGGUUAGCACCAUCGCUAACAGCAAGCUAACGUCGGAGGAACACCGGAGCCCCGGACAGCGCCGCUUGUGACCGGCUGUUAGCGUCAUGUCUUCAUCUUCAUCUUUCUAAGACGAUUGCACAACGUGACAACAGCGGGAGGCACCUGGACGAUGCUGUCAAACUGGGCUGCGCCAACAGGCGCUCCACUGAGCAGCACACCAAACACUGCGGGGCCAAGACGAGUCGGCGGGCUGUCUGAGAAACUUCAGUCAGCCAGAAGUUUGGCCAGAGGAAACACCGCCGAGCUGCCUUGCUCCUCGCGUGGGGCCUCAGCUCUGUGUGCCACCCCAGGAUUUUCAGCCACCCCAGGGAAAAUUUUCUGGGGGCGACCCUGAGCAAAAGCCCAGGUGUAGUGUCAUCUCAAAGUGGAGGAGCAAGGAUGAGAUUAGAGUUUCCAUCAGCAGUGCCACCACCUGGAGCCAUCUCCCCCAGAGGAGGCCACCGACCCCGGGGUCACACCAUCUCAGUGUCAGCCGCCUCCUCCAGGAGGGAGAGGGACCACAGUCGACCCAGACCCAGUAACACGGAGAAGAUCGCUGGACUGAGCCCCAGCAACAUGGAGAACAUCGCCAUUCCUCUGCCAUCCAGCGGAAAGAGACUCCUGCAAAGUGGAGACAAGAGCGACAGUGAUUAAGAAGCUCGUCGCUCGUUCGUCUCUUUCUCCCUCCAAGCCAGUGGGUUUAUUUCAGGUUUUUCUCUCGGUCUACUACUUUUUGUCUCCUCUAGCUUUGUCUUCCUCCAGCUGUACCACUCUCCUUUCUUUGGGGAUAAAGCCAACAAGCCGCGGCUGCUGCCCAAAACUGAGGUUAGUUGACCUCUCUGACUGACCUGGAAUCUGCUCCAGUGCGUCGUAUAAAGUGUUGUUCACUGCGUUUAAUCGCUGUGGCAGGUGAGUGACCAGAUGCCUCCUUGUGACACCCAUAAGAUCGGAGUGGUGUUUGCAGGAGCCGGUCAGGUGAGAAUAUGAUUGAAUAUUACGGUCAACUCAUUCAUACACUCUCUGACUUUAUACCUUCAUCCUCUCCACUUCCUCCAGGUUAACAAUAAGGUUGCCAUUCUAUCAAAUGAGUAUGGUUCGAACCGCUACUCUGCCUUCCUAACAGGCCUGGGAAAAUUAAUCCAGGGGGGGGGGGGGUGAUUGAGUGAUGGAGGUGGGAGAGAGGACUAAUCUUGAAAACUUUUACAGAGAAACUUCUCUCACCAGAGCAGAUCUGCUCCUCGGUCCAGCAGUGGCACUAAAAUGCUACUAUUGUUGCCAUUAUUUGUCUAAAGCACUGAGUCACCGACACAGAUUCCUCGUGUAAGUCUAACCUUGUAGGUUUUCUCUAAUGUGUCUUUCAGAAGCUGGAAAGAAAGGAACCAGCCAAUGAAAAAGCCUGGCAACAAAGAGUCAAGAUAGUGAGGAAGCAGCUCCGUGUGGUGAGGCUGCCAGGGAAAUUACUGCAGCUGGUGGAUCCUCACCACCACCCCCACAGCCUCAUGUUGCCGGGUGACCACCUACUGCUGGUUGUCCCUCACAGGACAGCGGGCGGCUCAGUGGAGACGGCAGAGAGUUUAUUAUACUACUAGCACCCUGAUGGGUUUUCCCUUUUAGCUUUAAGAUAUUUGAAGGAAAAAUAAGAACCCCACCCCUACCCCUAACUUUUUUCCCCACACAGAGACAGUGGCUGUUCCCUGCCCACCUCCGAGUAGUCCUCAGUAGACACCAAUGCGCAUGAGCCUUUUCAGCAGGUGCAACCAAGUUUUCUUUUGACGUGACAGGAAGCUUCCUCCGGUUAACAAAGCCGUGCUCGUCCUGUCUGAACCACGGAACAAAGUCGACCUGAUGGCCGAUGAUCAGUCCAGUUUACCCUUCCCCUAACUUUUCCCCCAACACAGAGGCAGUGGCUGUUCCCUGCCCACCUCCGAGAAGAGAAGGAGAGAGGGAACUCUGGUGGUGGUGCUGGAGAGGAGGUCAGGGGUCACCACAGCACACACCCCGUCUGAUUGGCCAGAGAGUGAAGAGUCUGAGCCAAUGACCUCAGAUCCCAUCUUCAUUCAAAGACCCCGCCGCCUGGAACGCUCAGCAGGUCGUACUGCACCUCCAGUCAGGAUGAUGAAAAGUCGACGCUGGAGGAGGUGAGCGAGGGAGUGAUUCCCAUUGACCAGCCCGCUCUGGGACCCUCCACACCAGGUAGCCAGGGGCUCGAGCUUCCCUUCCAGACCCACACUCAGUCCCAGGGUCACGGACUUAACAAGUCCAGUUCCUCUCCGGAGCUCCAAACCUUACCUGAAGCUUUUUCUAAGGCCGGUAUAGAGUCCCAGACUGCCAGGAGACGCAUCGAGGCCCAAAACACCUUCAGACAGCAAGCCUCAGCAGCAGCAGCCUCGUUUUGAGAAAGAGAAGGUGGAGGGAAGCACACAGGGGACUUUAAUGGACUGGCAGGUCAGAGUCAAGAUGGUGAAAGCCCAGGUGUAGUGUCAUCUCAAAGUGGAGAAGCAAGGAUGAGAUUAGAGUUUCCAUCAGCAGUGCAGCCACCUGGAGCCAUCUCCCCAGCGGAGGCCACCGACCCCGGGGUCACACCAUCUCAGUGUCAGCACCUUCAUCCAACAUGGAGAAGAUCGCUGGACUGAGCCCCAGCAACAUGGAGAAGAUAAGCGUUCCUCUGCAAUCCAGCGGAAAGAGGCUCAUGCAAAGAGCGACAGUGAUUAAGAAGCUCGUCGCUUUGAGCUUUCGUGAGAAAACAAACGUCGUCUGUUUCUCCCUCCAAGCCAGUGGGUUUAUUUCAGGUUUAUAUUAGCUAUUGGAACCCCUAAUCACUGCCUGCCUCAGUUCGCCAGAACUUGAUGCAAUACCUGUACUGCCUGACCGUUUACUGUUCUCUAAAUACAGCUACUACUUAUUUAUCGGGGUGGGACUUGUGAGGGACUGCAUUUAAACAGUGUUAAUCUUGGCAGGGAUUUUCAUUAGUGUUUUAAUGGCGCCAAAAAAAUGUAUGUCGAAUAGUUGUCAUUUAUAAUGAAUUCAUUUUAGUCGAUGAAAACUGAAGAGAUUUGUCUUUGAAUGACAUUCUUUUUAUUACAGAUUGUCUUUGAAUGUAUAGUGUGUUAUGUCUUCAAGGUCCUCAAUGUAUGACUGUAUUUCUUCCUCAGGUCCGUCUGUCUGCAGCACAGAUAAUGUCCCUGGACAGGGUGCUGAUAAGAGAGCUGUCCACCCUUACAAAGCAGACCGGGACCCACCAGCAGGGAGAGGUGCAAUCUGAAGAUGGGAAAAGGCAAAAAACAACAAGCCUGGAAAAAAGAAGCCGCUGAAGAGUCAGAGGACAGCACCUCCAGUACGGCGGAGACCUCAGAGCCACCACCAGCUCGUGUUCCUGGGUCCACUAGCUACUCAAUGGACACUGCAGAGUGAUUUUUUAAAUUUUGUUUAUGGAAUAUCUUUUUGGUUUUAUGUGUAUGUUUUCUUGUUUCAUGUUAAUAUGUUUUUAUAUUCCUUUCAUUGUGGUGUGACUAAUCAAAUAUGUUGAACAUGUUCAAUUUAAUAAAUGUUCAAUACUUUGAAUUUAA